AUGGAUAGCAGGGCAGCUCCGGAGAUUCCUGGAAUCAAACAAUCUGCUAAUGUCACUCAAGAUAUCCGAAUGCUUGUUUGCAAACUAUUAAACUCACCCAAGCCGGCUAAAUCCUUUCCGGGAUCCCAACCCGUUUCAUUUCAACAUAUUGAUAUAGAAGACAAAUUGCUGGCUCAAGACUAUUAUGUUUGCGAAAAAACAGAUGGAUUACGUGCAUUAAUGUUAAUCGUUAUAAAUCCCAUGACAAAGGAGCAAGGGUGCUUCAUAAUUGACAGAGAAAAUAACUAUUACCUAGUUUCGGGCUUUCGCUUUCCGCGAUUACCUCGUCAAUCGAAAAAAGAAUUACUAGAAACUCUCCAGGACGGCACAUUAAUUGAUGGUGAGCUUGUGGUGCAAACAAAUCCUGUCUCUAAAAUAAAGGAAUUGCGUUACUUGAUGUUUGACUGCCUGGCGAUCAACGGUCGUUGUCUUGUACAAUCUCCCACAAGCUCAAGACUUGCCCACUUGGGCAAAGAAUUUUUUAAGCCAUAUUAUGACUUACGUUCCUUCUACCCACAACAUUGCGCAACUUUUCCGUUCAAGAUUUCAAUGAAGCAUAUGAACUUUAGCUAUGAUUUAGUGAAAGUGGCUCAAUCUCUGGAACACUUACCUCACGUGUCUGAUGGCAUGAUAUUUACACCUGUUAAUACCUCAUAUCAUAUUGGUGGUAAAGAUUCAUAUCUUCUAAAGUGGAAGCCAGAACAGGAAAAUACAGUUGAUUUUAAGAUGAUUGUUGAGAUUCCGAAGGCUGAAGAUGAGUCUUUGCCAAAAACAGAUCCUGCUAGGUUUUAUUACAAUUAUGAUGCUAAACCAUCCUUUCAUCUUUAUACAUGGCUAGGAGGAGCUGACGUGAAUACUCGUCUACAUAAUUUUGAACAACCGUUCUCCAAGAAGGAACUGGAAAUUUUAGAAAGGACAUACAAAAGGUUCGCUGAGUUAGAAGUAGGUGACAAACAAUGGCAGGAGCUUAAAAACCUAGAACAACCCCUAAAUGGUCGUAUAGUAGAAUGUGCAAAAGAUCAGGAAACAGGAGUAUGGAAAAUGCUACGAUUUAGAGAUGAUAAGCUAAAUGGGAACCACGUCUCAGUUGUUCAAAAAGUUCUUGAGAGUAUUAGCGACUCAGUUAAAAUGGAAGAUCUUGAGGAGGUUAGUGGUCAAAUCAAAUCCAACUGGAAUGAAAGACAUCAACAGGUAAAAAGAGAUUUCUCUGAAAUGAACCACCCGUCUUCUGUUCCAGCCCCGGAACAACCAGCGUACGUUGAUGACGAGGAUGAUUGGUCUGAAGAGAACGACGAUGAGCAGAUGGAUUUAAAAAGAGCGAAACUAUGA